AUGAAGAAAGGCGUUCAGCAAAGCCGUUUCUCAAGAUUUAAGAAAACACUCUACAAUCCAGAGAAGAAGGCAUUUUUAGGGAGAACUUGUAGAGAAUGGGUCCUCAUCUUUAUAUUCUAUGUGAUAUCGUAUACAUUUCUGGCCGCAUUCUUCGUCGGAAUGUUAUCCGUUUUUCUCUUUGGUUAUCUUGACAAUAAUGUUCCUUCACUGACGGGAGAUCAGAGUAUUCUCCGAAGCCGGCCAGGGAUUGAAAUUGCAGCAAGGCCAAACCCUUUCAACACUUUUGUUCAAGUUUCUGUGGCUAGUUCAACAAUUAAUGAACCGUAUAUUAGGAAAGUUAACGCAUUAUUCCAACGGUAUGAUUCAAAAGGCUCAAAUGAGAAUUGUGGUACAAAUGGUCUACAUCCACAAAAUCCUGAUGUCCCUUGUAGCUUUAAUCUUGACGUCUUAGGUGAAUGUAAAACACCUGAAAGGGCUCUUAGUGAUGGGAAACUAUGUCUGUACCUAAAAAUUAAUCGGAUCUAUGGCUGGCUACCUGAUAUUGAAGAUCCAGCUGUCAUUCCAUCGCCUGCUAUUGAAUGCAAAGGUGCAAAUGAAUUCGAUAGAGAAGCUCUUGGUAGUCCAAACUAUUUUCCAGAACACAUAGCACCGGAUGGGAAGAAGUAUGCUUUAAUAUCAAAUAACUACUUCCCAUAUCUAAGAAUGGCUAAUUAUCAAGCUCCGUUAGUCGCUGUUCAAUUCCCCAAUAUAACAAAGAAUACUGUGGUCUUAGUUGAAUGUCGAUUAGUUGGUUUGAAGAAUGCUGGUGCCAGUACAGGCUUUGAAGUAUGUGUGGAUGAUAAAUAA